AUGAUUGCAAGAAAUACGUCAUUAAAAGGAGGAGACGCUUUCUCGAUGACUGCUUCAUCUUUUGGGACAAAUCAAAUGAGGACCUACAAAUAUUUAAUAUUAUACUCUACGCACUUUACCCAACCAUCAAAUUCACGACAGAAACCAGUUGUGUACAACGCUUUGAAGAAUUAUCACCCCAAUUUAACAGUUUAUCUCAAACAUGAUAUUCCAGAAAGAUGGAGACUAAAACAUCAUUACCGUGUACCUCCUAUAAUUGCUGUCGCGGAUAUAGGCUGGUAUGUCAUCACACCGCCCGGAAAACGAUACCCGACUGUUGAUGGACAACCGAUCGGUGGUUACCAUGGUUACGACAACGAAGAAACUGACAUGAGAGGGAUAUUUACGGGUGUUGGACCGGAUUUCCGAAAAAAUGCAGUCGUACCUUGGCUCAAUGCUGUAGACAUCUACCAGUUCAUGUGUGACCUCUUAAACAUCGAGCCGUCACCAAAUGACGGGGACUCUACUGUCACGAGACUCAUGAGACCGAAACCUGCGCCACUUCCUCAACCUCCACCUCCCGUCACCUUCCCAGACGAACAGACAGAGAGCAUAACAGUAAUAGCAGAGACGACAGAAACAGCAACAGAAAUAUCACCCAAACUGCUGUCCACGCUGCGGCCACAAUCAUCGCCAUUAUCAUUUUCAUCGUUGUCAUCAUCGUUCGCAGGGAGAGAGGCGUCGUCUGAGAGCACACUCCCGCCAAAGCCAGCACCGUCAUCACAAGCACCGUCCCAAGAGACUCCUGAUUUUGUCAAGUCCUUUAUGACACUGUCAACCUAUACUGAAAACUCUGCAUCGACUCCUCUUUUCAAAAUCUACAAUUCCUACCUGAUACUCCUACUUGCCGUGAUUUCUUGGCAGAUUCUUCAGUAAAGGGAUUCAACGCGAGAAAAAAGGGUCGAUGAACCCCACCCCCAUAGCUGAUCUUUGUUUGGUUGAGUGUUUCUGUGUGCGUGUGCGCGUUUAUGUAUGUAUUAUGGAUUAUGCAUAUGGAGAUAUAUACAUAUCUUAUAUAUUAUACAUACAUAAAGUAUAUGCAUAUAUACAUGUUU